AUGUUCGAAGCUCGGCUUAACCAGGCUGAUAUAUGGAAGAAAGUGGUUGAGGCUAUCAAGGACUUGGUGCAGGAGGCAACUCUUGACUGCACUGAAAAUGGAAUCAGUUUACAAGCUAUGGAUAAUGCACACGUCAGUCUGGUUUCCUUGCUUCUUCGGAGUGACGGGUUCGAGACCUAUCGUUGUGACCGAAACCUGUCUCUCGGUCUGAACAUUACCAGGUUAUUUGAGUUUUACUGCUACAUCGAAAAUUCUCAAAUGUGCCAACGCGACAGAUCUGAUACGUUAACCCUUGUUUUUGAAUCGCGGCUAACGUUCGCAGACCAGGAGAAAGUUUCUGAAUUCGAGAUCAAGCUAAUGGAUCUGGAUGUUGACCACUUGGGGAUACCGGAUACUGAUUACAAAUGUGUCAUAAAAAUGCCCUCUUCUGAACUACAACGAAUUUGCCGUGAUCUAAGUCAGAUUGGUGACUCCGUUGUCAUAUCUGUCGCCAAAGACGGAGUGAGUUUUAGUUCCACCGGAGAUCUCGGUACGGGUAACAUAAAAUUGAUGCAAUCAGCCAACGCCGACAAACCCGAGGAAGCUGUUUCCAUCGAGAUGAGCGAGGCUGUUUGCAUGACCUAUUCGCUGCAUUAUUUCAAUAUAUUUACCAAGGCGGCACCUCUGUCAUCUCAAGUUGUUCUGUCUCUCACCGAGAACGUACCUGCUGUUGUCGAAUUCAAUAUCGAGGACUUGGGUUACAUUCGCUACUACCUGGCCCCAAAGAUUGAAGAUGAUGCAGAUUAA